AUGAAUACGACUGAGUUACUGACGAUUGCCGAAGCCAUAGUACCCGACCGUACCGCGAUGAUCUUUGACGGGCGCGAGUUCACCUACGCUCAAAUUUCCCAGCGGGUCAACCGGCUGGCGAACGCCAUGGCGGAACUGGGCGUGACCCCGGGCGAUCGAAUCGCGACGAUGCAGGUGAAUAGCCACCGCAGCAUCGAAUUGUACUUCGCCGCAGCGCAGUUGGACGCUGUUUAUGUGCCCAUCAACUUCCGUGCCAAGACGGACGAGUUGCAUCAGAUGCUGCGCAUAGCGGAACCGACUUGCCUGUUUAUUGGCGAGCGGUAUCUGGAGUUGCUGGGGGAAGAGGACCUGUUCGGGAUGCCCCAGGACCGGGUGAUCAUACUGGACGCCGGUACCACCACCGGUCUCGACAGUUUCGAACAUCUCCUUAGGAGCGCAUCCCCCGAGCAACUGUUUUUUCCGGAAGCGGAGGACAACGACACCACAGUCAUUAUUGAGACCACUAACAGGAAGGAAGUGAAUUCAGUUCCUUGUGUCACCGACGCUUAG